AUGCGUUCCGAUUCUGUACAUAAGCUACAUGCAUUACUUUCUCAAUGGACAUCCAUCACCCAUAUCCACUGUUACGGUAUCGAAGAAGCCGACGUACUUGACGAUAUACGAGAAGAGCUUGAACUAUUGCAAAAGAAAGACAAGCAUUCAUUCUAUGUGAUUAUCAAUUGUUUUCUCGUUGAUGGCUCUAUCAAACGGUUGAUUGACGAACUUUUACGAGAACUGAAAUUGCAACAUGACGGCAAGGUGAACACUAUCAACGCCCUGGCCGUUUUCUUGGGCGAACAUCUCUUUUCAGCAAAGAAUCGAGUCAAGUUGACUAUUGUUCUUGAUCAAGCUCGUUUCCUGUCGCUGUUUCCAGUUUCCACAGUUAAGACUCUACUGUCAAUUCCGAAGUCGAUAGGCAUCAUUUGUCCAAAUCUUCGGAAUGACCCAUUGAUUCGUUUUGUGACGCAUAGUGAAUUGCCUUGGGAUCGUAUAGGAUUGCUAAAUGUUAUACCGCAACCGGUUUCUGUCGGGCUUGAAAACCGCUCUGAAGAGGAAUGCAUAGAUGAGAUUGCUGAAGCCUUCAAGGAGGAUUACAGUAGGAAAAUUGUCGACUACGUGGUGAAAGCGGUAUUUUUUGAGUGCCGUGAUGUUCAGCGAAUUAUGCAGAUAGUUCGCCUCGCCUGUGAGAAGUACUCUGAGAAGCAUGGUGAUGUAAACGAUAUAAAAAAUUUGAAGUUGUUACCCGUUUUGGAAGCUCUGGAUGAGACCGAUUGCUACUGGAAAGAUGAGAACGAACCGGAACAACUUGUGGACCUACCUUUGAGCACUAGAUAUCUUCUUGUGGCAUCAUUUUGUGCCAGCCACAAUCCGUCAUCCACUGAUAAACGAUACUUUGCAAAGUUCCAUGGUAAGGAGAAACGAUCGGAAGCUCGCGAACGAAGAGCUGAACAGUCAGCGGAACAACGUGACGGAGAAGCAAAAUCAGCUGAUUUGCAGCGCAUCAAGUGCAUUUAUUUGGCGCUGUGUAGCUUAUACCCAGCAAAAGGCAUUGAUAUGAACGUAGACGUAAAUCCACAGAUUGCUUCUUUAUGUAGUUGUGGUUCAGUGGCUCGAACGACAAGUGCUGCAAAUCUGGAUCAACCAAAAUUUCGGUGCUUAGAAUCAUUCGAAAACAUCAGCGAAAUUGCACAGUCUCUGGGAAUACCGCUCACGACGUACUUGGACGGUUGGACAUAG